UUGAACCUGAUUUGAACGAUUUCCACCAUCACUACUUGUCUCUCUUUCUCGCUUCAGUGACUUUAAUGAAAUAUGUUCGCCAUUGUGCCAAACGAUGCUCAAUUCUUGAUAAAAGACGUAAGGUUGGGAUUGAAGAAUUUAAAUUUAAUCUUUAUUGUGUUGGAAAUGGGAAGGGUAACUAAAACAAAGGAUGGGCAUGAGGUUCGCUCCUGCAAGGUGGCUGAUAAAAGUGGGUGCAUCACCCUGUCUGUGUGGGACGAUGUGGGUGGACUCAUCCAGCCAGGAGACAUCCUCCGCCUCUCACGAGGCUAUGCAUCCCUGUGGAAGGGCUGUCUGACACUCUACACAGGCAGAGGAGGAGACCUGCAGAAGAUAGGAGAUUUUUGCAUGGUCUUCUCUGAGGUGCCAAACUUUAGUGAACCAAACCCAGAGGUACUGGCCCAGGCCAACAGGCCGUCUAAAGUUGAGUCCCAGAACAGUUCUUCUCUCAGUCAAAGCUCCACCCCCUCAGUCCCCACCCUCACAUACUCUUCCAAUGGAUGCUCUCCGCUCUCCCGGAAUCCAACCUAUGGGAGCACAGGACAGCAGACUGGGCGAGGCUCCGGAGGUCCUGGCACCGACCCCAAGCCCACAGAAUCUGUGGGCAACAGCAGGGACCCACGGCAAGGGCUAAAGAGGAAAUGACGCUGGUUUCAAAUCAACACGUAUCUUGGGCCUAGCUGUAUUUUUAUUUAGCAAGUUAAAUCAUUUUUGUUAACGUGACCAUCAUUUUCUAAGGAAUGUUACACAUUUGGUUCAAAUAAAUAAAUCAUAACUAAAAGAUUUUGGGGAUUUGAGGUAAAGUUACUCAACUCACUCCAACUGUUCCAACACGUCCGUACCGGCAGAUAGCCUGCCCCCCUUUCAACACGUCCGUACAGGCAGAUAGCCUGCCCCCUUUCAACACGUCCGUACCGGCAGAUAGCCUGCCCCCCUUUCAACACGUCCGUACCGGCAGAUAGCCUGCCCCCCUUUCAACACGUCCGUACCGGCAGAUAGCCUGCCCCCCUUUCAACACGUCCGUACAGGCAGAUAGCCUGCCCCCCUUUCAACACGUCCGUACAGGCAGAUAGCCUGCCCCCCUUUCAACACGUCAGUACAGGCAGAUAGCCUGCCCCCCUUUCAACACGUCCAUACAGGCAGAUAGC